AUAUCGAUAAAAGUGAUUUUGCUUUUCAAUUAUUGCACACAUUAAUUGUACGAAAGUAAAAGUUAUAAUUUAAAUGACAGACUUUCACCACUUUUUUCCGUUAAAUUCAGAAAAUUAUUUUUGUGCACGAGACACACACGUUAUAACAAUGAGAGUUGUUAAUAUAAAUCAUUACAUGCUUAGUCGUCACAAUAGAGAAAACCAAGAAAAAACAAUCCACCGUUUGAUGCACAUGAAUGCGUUUUACUGUAUUCAAAGUCACCUUAAAUAUGACGACACGUCCUUAAGACUUUUAUUCUUCAAUUUGCACUGUGUCAAUCAUCUUCAAAAGAACAAAAAAAAAUAAAUAAAAUAAAAAAAUUUACAAGUUUUCUUUCUUUAAACUAUGACGAUAUAUAUAAAAUAUUUGGUAAUUUUUCCAAUAAUAAUCAGUAGUGUUCUUGCAAUGAGCAAUUGGGAGAUAAAUAUCGAACGGGAUAGAAAAAAUGCAGCCGGAACGAUGUUAGUUGAUAUUGCAAAAGAAUUGGUUCAAAGAUCCGCAUCGACAAGUCAGGUUCUCAACUUAAAUCUUUCAAGUUUAUUGCUUCUACUAGUUCUAAAGGCUGUCGUUUAUGGUGCUGGAUAUUUAGGGGGACAUAAUAAUUUCAAUAAUAAUGUCAAUGCUCGUGGUUUAGAGGAAGAUAUGGUAUCAGAGGGAGAAGUUGCUUUAGCUGUUGGUUUUCUAAUUGGCGACACCUGUUUGUAUCGAGCAGCUUGUGAAGUUCCACAAACCGCAAAAGAAUAUUUAGGAGCUGCUGAAAUGAUUUUACAAGCUAUGAAAUUAAUGCCUCAAACUUCGAAAUUGAACGAAAAAUAUGAGAGAAAAAUGGCAGAUUUUCGAAAAGCGAUAGAAUACGGUACAGGAGGACAAUGUCCUUCGGAGUACAAUUGCAAAAAGGAGAAUAUAGAUCGAUUUUUACGACCGGAAUAAAUAAAUCAAUUUGCUGAAUGUAUAUGAAGAUUGUGAACAUUAUUUUACUAUUUUUAAACUUUUU